CCCUCCGGAACGUAACCGCUCCGCGUCUCCAGGAGCGGGGAAAGGUUGGAAACGGUCCCGCGGCCGCUUCCGGCGCGUUGCCAUGGCUGCCGCUAUCAACUUCCGGUCAGCCGGCGGCGGUUAGAGGCGCGUGGUGGUCGUGAGGCGUAGCCGUGCGCAGAGCUAUGCCGGCCAAAGCGGGCGACAGGCAGCGGCAGAGCCAAAAUGGACCUCCAGGAGGAAAGGCUGUGCAACCGAAGCUUUAUGGGGCUUCAACUAAAAAACGGGAUGAAGAUACAUCCACUGAAGUUGGAGAAGGAGCGGAUGAGUGGCCAGCAUCAAAGACUGUGGUCAAACCUCCAGAUCAGCUGGAAUUGACUGAAGCUGAAUUAAAAGAGGAAUUUACACGUGUUCUGACAGCUAAUAAUCCACAUGCCCCCCAGAAUAUCGUCAGAUACAGCUUUAAAGAACGAGCUUACAAGCCGAUAAGCUGUGUAGAUCAAAUAGCCAUUCACUUCUCUUUGAACGGGAACAUGAUACUCAGAGAUUCAGAUGAAGGCAGGCGGCAGAGUCUGAGAUUAAGCAAUGCAUCAGAAAAAGCUCCUUCUGAGACUUCUGCAAUAGCAUCUGAAGAGGCAGAGCUUAAAGAUGAAAAAAGCACAGAAGAUGCUCAGGCUGCGGAAGAGGAAGAGGCAGAGAAGGCAGAGACAGCAGAAGCAGCUGAAGCAGCAGAGGUAGAAGAGCCUCCUCCCCCAAAAGUAAAGGAGAAAAAGCUUGCAAACCAGUUCAACUUCAUUGAGAGAUCUUCAAGGACACUUGACAACCCUUUGCGGGAAAGAGCAUCCCAGUCGGAGCCUACACCUUGUAAAAACUUUUCAGCCAAUGCUAAGCAGUGGGAGAUCUACGAUGCCUAUAUGGAGGAGCUUCAGAAAAUGGAGAAGUCAAAAGAGAAAGAAAAACCAAAAGCUCAGAUAGGAAAGAAAGAGGAGAAGAAGAGGGGAAGAAAGUUAAUUUCACUGGAAUCACAGGGGGAUGAUAUAACCAAGAUCUCCAGUGCUGCCAAAAUAAUGGAGCGGAUGGUGAAUCAGAACGUAUUUGAUGACAUUGCACAAGAUUUUAAAUAUUUUGAGGAUGCCUCCGAUGAAUACAGGGACCAGAGGGGAACUCUCCUCCCGCUCUGGAAGUUCCAGUAUGACAACACCAAGAGACUUGCAGUUACUGCCAUCUCCUGGAAUCCAAAGUACAAGGACCUGUUUGCAGUGGGGUAUGGCUCUUAUGACUUCAUGAAGCAAAGCCGGGGCAUGCUUGUGCUCUACACAGUGAAGAACCCCUCCUACCCAGAGUAUGUCUUCAGCAGUGAGAGUGGCAUCAUGUGCCUGGAUAUCCAUAAUGACCACCCCCACCUCAUGGCAGUGGGCUUCUAUGAUGGCAACGUGGCCAUCUACAACCUUAAGAAGGCAACUUCCCAGCCAAGCUACAAGAGCAGUGCUAAGUCAGGAAAGCAUACAGAUCCAGUGUGGCAGGUCAAGUGGCAGAAAGAUGACAUGGACAACAAUUUGAAUUUCUUCUCUGUCUCCUCGGAUGGACGGAUUGUGUCAUGGACUUUAGUUAAGAAUGAGCUGGUUCAUACAGAUGUCAUCAAGCUGUCAGCAGAGGGAACAACGAUGCAGGGGCCAGAGGGUCUGCAGCUGCAAACAGUUGGCUGUGGGACAUCUUUUGAUUUUCACAAAAAGAUAGACUAUUUGUUUCUUGUUGGUACUGAAGAGGGAAAGAUCUAUAAGUGUUCAAAAUGCUAUUCAAACCAGUUUCUGGAUGUGUUUGAAGCCCAUCACAUGGCUGUGGAUUCAGUCAGCUGGAAUCCCUACCACUUGAAAAUCUUUAUUUCCUGCAGCUCUGACUGGACAGUCAAGAUCUGGGAUCACACCAUCAAGACUCCGAUGUUCAUUUAUGACUUGAAUGCUGCUGUAGGAGAUGUUGCCUGGUCCCCUUACUCUUCCACAGUCUUUGCAGCAGUCACCACCGAUGGCAAGGCCCAUGUGUUUGAUCUGAACAUUAAUAAGUAUGAAGCUCUCUGCACCCAAGUAGUGGUGGCCAAGAAGAAAAAUAAAAUAACCCAUAUCCAGUUUAACCCCGUGCACCCUGUUGUCAUCAUCGGAGAUGAGCGAGGCCAGGUUACCUGCCUGAAGCUCUCCCCCAAUCUGCGCAAGAUGCCCAAGGAGAAGAAGGGCCAGGAGGUAAAGAAGGGUCCUGAGGUGGAGAUCGCCAAGCUGGACAAGCUGCUGAUCCUGGUGCGGGAGCCAGAUGGCAGGGCCCAGGGGCAGGAGGACAAAGCCCCGCUUUGACCAGCAGCUGCUUAGCAUGCUCUGCCCUCUGAUAGUGCAAGUGCUUCGCCCCCGUGCCUGGGUGAAUAA